CCGGUAAGCGUCAGCCAACAAAACAAAAGAGGAGUACAACAAAUCAGUAACACACCCACCUUACUUUCAGUGAAGACUAUAGCGGAGGUUAUUAUAAACGGUCGUAUUGUUUUUUUUUUUACUCUCGUUGAGAAGACUCAGCAAUAUCAGAGCAGCCAUGUCUGACAGGAAGGCAGUAAUAAAAAAUGCAGACAUGUCUGAGGAGAUGCAGCAGGAUGCUGUUGAGUGUGCCACACAGGCUCUUGAGAAGUACAACAUUGAGAAGGACAUUGCUGCCUACAUCAAAAAGGAAUUUGACAAAAAAUACAACCCAACCUGGCACUGCAUUGUGGGAAGGAACUUCGGCAGCUACGUGACCCAUGAGACCAAGCACUUCAUCUAUUUCUACCUUGGUCAAGUGGCCAUUUUGCUGUUCAAGUCUGGCUGAGACCAAGCUUAAACUCUGACCAUUUAUUAUAGACUUACUACAGAAAAGCUGAUCAUUCCUCUUCUGGGAUCCACUUUCUCUUGGCUGCUUAUUUUUUGUUCCUCUUUUUGUUUAAGAAAAUGGCUAUGUACUAUGAAGAAAAGAGUAAGGAACAUGUAUUUAUUUUUUUUCUAUAGACAGGAUGAACGUUUGUCAUUUGUUUUUUAUUAAAACAAUGGUUUGGAA